AGACGAUAUACAUUGCCAGACUCUGCCCACGAAGUGAUUCUCUUUUCUGGUCAGAAUGUAGAUAACGAAGAGGCCAUCGAAGAUGAAAACAGCCUUUCACCAGCUUCGUCUGUAGCACUUUCGGAAACAGAGACUCUAAACUACGACAGAAAACAGCGAUUCGAACUUCAGGAAAGUUACGACGAAAAUUUUACCUUGUACUUGCCAUACUUGCUCCCUAGCUACCAUAAUAGACGGUUUGCAGAUGCACUCGAUGACGAUCUCUCCACCGUUUUGGAUGAACCAUAUGCUAGUAAUGAUCAUCCUAGUAGAAGACAGAUCAUGGGUAAACAUACUUCUUUGUUCAAUGUGAAACGGGAAUAUGUAAUUGUGGGUGAAUUGAUGAAAAGUUCCAAUUACGUGUUUCCCAGCCGUGAAUCUUUUGAACUUUUCAAGCAGCUAAGGAACAACAGCAAGAAGAUACGGAAAGGACUGGUUAUCACUUACGAUUCAGCUGGAACAAUCAGAAAGAUGUCGAAUGUAACAAAAGAGGACAUCAAAGAAGCCACAUCCUCGCAUGAAGUUGUCGACGAAAGAAAUCACCUAGUGCCUCUAGAAUACAAGCUCAAGGGUUUAGGUAUGCCCUUGUUCAGAACAUUUGUGCCGUAUUUGUCUAGUUUCAAGAAAAAUUCUCCUUUCAUGGUAUUUGCCAAGUAUCGAGAGAUUCCCUUGAAACCCGUGUUGGAUGCAAAUGGUAAAGAUAUCCUGAUAGACAAGGACACCGACCCGGACAACUACGAGACUUACCCAUUCUGCACGGUCAAUUCAAAAUUCUUCCAAAACGUUCGUAGAUUUAUCUUCCAUUUCCACAUGAACGGAGAGAAGCCUGACUUCAAAGUGAUAAUGUUCUGCAACAACAUGAAACCGUAUGCCGACUUCAACUACAAGGGGACGAGAUUUAGAGUAAUUGGACCUGCUACUACUACCAUAUACUUGAUGUCAUACAACCCCAACAUGAGGCUUCUCGUCAUAGAUGAUGACCAGCCCUCACUCUGCGAUAAUAUCAUCAACAAAAGACCCGGUUUCGAGUUGCUGAGUCUCUUAAAAAAGAAGAAGUUGCCCAAUAAGGCAAAUGGAACCACUCCAGAUUCAGGAAUUUCUGGACCAGUUAAAUUUGACGAGAACAAUCCAAACACUUUCGUAAACCCAUACCCUAACCCAAAGAAUCCGCUCAUUAAGGAACUCUCCAUGGCAGUUACUGUGAAAGGAUACGUAAGCAAUAAUCUUCCACCUUUCGGAGCUUUCAAGGACUCCAUGCUUUACGACAACCAGCAUGGAUUGCUUCCUAAGAAGUACAAUGAAUUGGCCAAAGUAGAGUUGUACCAAGAUAGUGUUUCCAGGCAAAUCGAAGACAUGAACAGCACUUUAUCCACAGAUUUGGAUACCCAGGUGUUAUUCUGUGUGAUGGCAGUUCUUCGUGAAGUAUCGGUAAGAAACUCU